CUAACCAAACUUUCUCUGCGCCCCUGCCCGGAAGACAUCUCUUGAGUUUGUGUUAAAAUUAUUUUGAGUAAUCUUUCUAAAAUCCUGUGCGUUCAAACGAAUACAAAUUUGAUCAAAUACUUCUAAGGAAUCGAAACAAUAUCUCACUCCAAAUAAGGUUUCAUAAAUGUUUAAAUUGAAGUUCUUCAUUCUAAGAGUAGCUUGUGAUCACCUAACAUCAAUCUCUUUUUCUACUAAUCCCAAUUAAUUAUUCAGAUCCUGUAGCCGCAAUUCCUCUUCAAAAUGCCUCCAAGUGACGAUACAACAGAAACCCAUGUGAAUAAAUUUUUGAAUUCCCUUACGGAUCAGAACAAGUUUGUGCGUAAGUCAGUGCUCUCAGAAAUGUGUGAAAUGGUAUGCUCCUCCACUCUCAGUGCUGAUACUCUAGAAAAUCUCUCAGGACAGAUACUAAAAUCAGUUAUUAGAUGUUUCAAUGACUCAGCUGAAGUUUGCCGUGAAAAAUCUGUUUUGCUCGCAGAGGCGCUGAUAAAACAAUCUCCUGUGAACGAGAAGUACCUCAUGGUGAUUAUCCCAACUUUACAUCAGCGCCUUGGAGACGAAAAGGUUGCUGAAAAUUCAGAAGAAGUGCGGUUACUUGAGAUAAACUUUCUGCGGCUGAUAGUUUCGAAAUAUGGACUCCAUCUUCCAGCUUAUCUGAGUGAUAUAAUUGAUAUUUUAUGCAAGUCCAUCAUUGACCCAUAUCCUGAGGUUAAAAUUGCUAGUUGUGCGUGCGCCUCAGAGUUAUCCAUGGUCAUUCCGGCACAUUUUCACAUGCAGUCGGAAUCAUUGAUCUCUCCUCUCACACAGACUUUGGGACAUCGCCAGUCAAAAGUGAGAAUAAGUGCCAUAAAUGCGAUAGGUUUAGUCGUGAAGAAUGGAAAUAACAGGAGUGUUGAAGUCGUAGCAGGUCCUCUAGCAGAAAGGUUAUUUGAUCAAUCACCUGGUGUCAGGAAAGCAGUCACACUUGUUGUAGGAGACUGGUUGCUGAAUUUGCGGGAUAGAUACUCAUAUUUCAGAUUUUUAAUACCCCUGAUUUUAACAUCACUUUCAGAUGAAAUUCCCGAACAUCAAAUUGAAGCAGCAAUGUUAUGGGAUAAGAUAGGCCAACAAUAUUUCACAGAAAAUGAAAAAGAGCUUCAAGAAAAAUUGGACUAUCUACCAGCAAAACCGGAUCACUAUCCACAAAAAUUGGAAAGGCCGCAUUUAGGGUGUAGAGUUCUGGUUCAACGCGAGAUGUCAAAAUUCAUCCCAGCAAUAGCAAAAGAACUUGAAGAUUGGGUUGAUGAUGUGAAAGUGAAGUCUGCUCAGUUACUAGCUGUUGUACUUCUACAUGGAGAACAUUCAAUAACCAUGCAUCUAGAAAAAAUACUUCCUACAAUGUACCGAGCAAUCAUUGAUACCGAUACAAGAGUAUCCGAAAAUGUUGAUAGAGCAGCUAAAACAAUGGGCUAUUUUGUGCCACCUGAAACUUACUGUAAAUUAGUCUUACCUCUUCUUGAAGAAAGCCAUCAUGCAGGCCAUUUACGCCUAUUAGCUUCUUUAAUUUCAACUUCGCCGAAAGAUUCAUUGAUACCUUUAAUAGAGGAGGUCACCAAUUUACUAUCAAGUAGCAACGUGUGUCACAGCAGGGAGGCUUUAUAUCAAUUCUACCUCUUGGAGGCAUGCAGAUCCAUUUUAAAUGUCUGCGAAAAAAAUUGCAGCGUUAUUUCAAGACAGCUAUUUGUUGCAAUUUUAUCAGUUCUAGGCCUUGCUGCAAAUGAAGAAAUUAGAGAGGAAGCUUUAGAAUUGCUCAAUUCACUAAGCGAAAUUUGUGGAUUUGAUAAUGUAGCAGCCUUAUACAAACAACACAUUGAGUGUGUUUUGGAAUCACUGAAAACCUCAGUCGAGUCACUCUCCAUUCAAUGUCCUCAACGGUUCAUCUUUGAAGCUAUUCUCAUUCAUGCGGGACCAGUAAUUGGCAAUUUCAUCAACCUAAUCCUUGAAAUAUUAGAGAUGGCAUUCAGUGUAGAUAAUGACCCAGAAGUUGUUCUGAAAUUUCUGAUGAUUAUCGCUCGCAUCUUAUCAAACUGGGAGGAAACUUUUGCUGAGGUUGAGGACAAGGCAGGAGCUAUCGAAAAACUUCUAGAUAUUUUAAAGUGUCAGCUUAUAUGGCGAGCAGGCUUAUCUGCAGAAGCUUUACGAACCGCAGCUGUAACAUGUGUCUUGACUGCACUCUCUGUGCGGCCAUUUUCUUCUAGUCUACCAUCAAAGAUCACCCCAAUUGUACUAAGCUUAAUAGAGGAUCAAGCAUACAAAACAAGAUUGUACGCUCUCUCCUCCAUCUGUGAACUUGUCGACAUGGAAAGAGAGUCUGGGAGCUUAACUGCUGAAACCAUCAAUAAAAUUUAUCCUGAAAUUUUGAAACGACUGGACGAUGCGAAUGACCAAGUUCGAGAAAAAGCUGCAAACUGUAUUUCUGUUUUAUUCCAAACACCACUUCCCGCAGAUUAUGACAUGAGCUCUUCAAAGAAUCAUUUUGAAUUCAUCUACAAAACAUUACUCAUUCACUUAGACGACAUGGACCCAAAGUUUCAACAAAUUGUGUUAGAUGUUUUAAAAAGUGUUGGAAGUUUAGAACCUAAUGUUUUGGCAGAGAAGCUGUCAGUGCAGAAUUUUCGGGACAAAAAAAUUUUGGAAGACCUCAGAAAUUUCAACAGUUUAACACUAAAUGAACAAACAAGUGAGAACCCCAGCUGAUGCUUUGUCAACACGUACCAAACUGACCAAAAUUAAUUUUUUAAUGAUUCCAUUUUGAUUUUUUUGAUUUUUCCAUGAGGUCUUUUAUGACUGGUUUUUAAUAUUGACAAUGUUGAUCAGGAUGGUCUUUAUUCAGCAGCAUAAUCAUUCUGGAAAGAAGUCCUUUGGGAAAAUUUAGAUGAUCAAACUUUUAUUUUAUUGAGCUUUUUUUAGCUCUCCCCAGGAUUCCAUAACUGCUUUGUGCUGACUCGUAAAGCUUACCAUUGUGUAAAUAUUUUAUAAU